AUGCAUCAGCCCAGCUCCAAAGGCUCAGUCGUCUCUGCCACCACCACCAUCACGACCACCACCGCCACCUGCCAACACGGCUUGCUCUCCAGUACGGAAGCGGCAUACACAACCAUGCUCGCCGUAGACGAACCCGACGACCGCGUCCAACCAGCACCACCAUCACCUCCUCCUCCUCAGGGCAUCCUGGCCCUGCCCACCGAACUUAUCCAUACCAUCCUCCUCGACCUCCCACCGCUCUGCAUCGAGCACUUUUCUCAGACAUGCAAGCUCGCGCGCCGCCACGUCUAUGGAGACCGAAACACGGGCGACCUCCACCUCUGGAAGCGUCUCUACCUCGAACGCUUCGACGACUUUCCCUCACUGUGGCAAGCCCAGGACCCUGAACACGACGAAGCGCACGAGGAAUCACCCGCCAAGCCAGCAGCGGCCGCAUCGUCCAUCAUGUCCCUCGUCCAGACCCGAGAUCGUGCCGCACGCCUCUUCGCCGGCGACCCGUCCAAUCACACUUCCAUCACGCUCAACUUUAACGCAGUCCUCUCCGCCCUUCUCUCCGUCGUCGACACCGCCGUGCCAGCUGCCAACCUACAGCCCUGUCGCAAUUCCACCUGGCUCGACAACUCGGUUCUCGCCUCCGGUCAGCCCACAUGGAGCCAGUGGAUCUUUCCACGCUCCAUCAUGCACAGCCUCGGCGAGCACAAGGCUCAGGCACUAGCUCACAGCUCGACAAACGCGCCAUCAUCUCCGCAGGCACUCAAGCGCCGUCGCCUCUCCAACCAGCAAGCCACCACGCCAAGCGACUCCCAACGCAAACCAAAAGACUCGACCGACGCCUCGGCUACUCCCACACAAGCCACACCCUCCACUUCUUCGGCAAGACGAGCGUCAUCGUCCUCGUCCAAAUCAGCCACCAACGCUCGCCCCGAGUCCAGUCGCAGACGAUCAGCACGCCUGCUCAAGCUCAUCUAUCCCGAGCCCCUCCACCCCCUCGUCGACCAGGGCAUCGACAUUGAUGCGCUCGCACAUCCCCUCACGCGCCUCGCCGCCCGCAUCCACUGCCUGCACGGCAUCCGCGCGUGGAAAGACUCUCAGAGCCAGCGCCUCACCGCCAGCCCGCAAGAGAUCGCAGGUCAACGCAGCCAAGACGGCUUAGCGAAUCAGGGUGCCGCACAGGCCUCGGCUCAGUCCACAAGUUCGGCUGCGGGCCAGCCCGAAACUGAACAUGCCCCAGCCACUCCUCAGCCAGCCUCUGUGCACGCAUCCGACGAGGCAGAGUCCGACGACGACGACCAAGAGAGCUUCGACGAGCCGCCAGCAGCCAUCCUUGGAUUCCGACCGCGCAUGUUUGGUCCCAGUUUCGGCUUCUGCAACGCUCCCGACGAAGAGGACCAGGUGCGGGCACGCAUGAGGCAUCGCGUCUACGACUCGGCCCACUACGGCUGGUCCAACGGAUUCGCACCCCUCCACGCCUGGCGCUACAAUACGCGACAAGGCCAGCAGCAAGAAGAGGACGACCGCGACCACGACGCGGUCACCGAAAGCGACCUGGCCACUGAUCCCGAACAGCAGUCCGAUGAGGAACAUGUCAACGAAUACGGGAUGCGCUUCAUCAACAGGCGUGGUGGCAGCGACGAUGGCGACGACGAUGCGUGGCGCGAGGCUUUCGAGCUCGACGAUGCAAGCGACGACAUUCCCGACGACCCCAUCCCCAUCGAGAUCGAGAUGAGCGAAGACGAACAAGACACGCGCACCUUUCGCGUCGCCGAUCGAUACGGCAAUCCCAUCCCGUCUGACACUGCUGCAGCUACACCCAACGCAUCAGCGGCUCGAGGCUGGGGUGACUCGGACGACGAAGAACCAGCAGCAACACGCGAUGACAACGGCGAGUCGUCGGCCGCCCCGGCUCCCGCGCCCUACCAGACACCAGAGCUGGGCAGCUACGACGCCGACACCCGCACGUACACCUACGAGGGUCAUCAGCCCAUCGGCAUCGUCACGGGCAGCCAAAACAUCCAGGUCACCGUGGGCGACUCGGUCGACUUUGUAGCAUCGGGCGAGCUCAACGUGCGCUUUGUGCGUCCCGGCAUGCUAGCCGAGACCAUGCGCGUCACCAGCGGCCACGCAGCACGUCGCACAGUCACCAACGGCAUCGACGGGGACGAAGACGAGGACAUGGACGACGAUUACGACGAGGACGCCGAAGAGUGGGACGAAGAUGUGGAUGAAGACGACGAAGACGACGAGGAGGAGGAUGGCCGCUUCGGGCCGUUUUUCGACAUGUUUAGACCGCUCGAUGGCGCAUGGGACUACCGCGGCUCGUACGCCGCCGAUGAGCUGCAGCCGCUGGUAGCAAAGUGGAAGGCAGAGCACCAGGCGGAAGGCGAAAAGCCGGCCGACAAGGAUGGCGACGCCAACGACGGCGACGCUGCAGCGAGUCAGAUUGUGAGCCUGCGUCGCAAGAGCAUUCACUGGGAACUGGUGGAAGCGAUCAUGGUGGUCAUGUACGCCAACCUCAAGGAAGCGAUCUGGCUCGAGAACUGGGGCGUGGGCAUCCGCAUCCCCAAGGUGUACGACCACGCGGGCGUGCUGGUGCGCGAUCCGAUGGAGCGACGCGAGUUUCUCGAGUUCCCCACGGGCUGGGUCUCGUCGCUGGCCGCAGCGGUGGCGCAGAAGCGCGACGCGGAGGACGCCGUCGAGGAAAGCAGCCGUGGUGUCAAGGCGGAAGGCCCAGCGCAAGGCCAAGCGACGUCAAAUGCAGACGACGACAAGCCGCACGACUGGGCGCGGUGCGAGAGCUUCUGGGCGGGCACGUACGCGUUUCUGGACUACUCUCACUUUGUCGAGUUCAACGUGCGCAUGGCGCGGCGUCGACGCGAUCAGCUGGCUGCGGCGUCGAAUGCGGCGGGCACGGACGGCAAGGCUUCUUCACCGAGCAAUGCAGCCGGUGCACCAAAUGGCAGCAACGGGCAGCGAGCGGCAUCGACGCGCGUGCCGAACCUGGUCGGGCAGGAGGAAGCGGUGGGCGACUGUCUGCAGCUGCGACUGGAGCUUCUUCCCAAGUCGGAGCAGCCUGCGUACCGUCUGGACGAGGAAGGGCAGGAGGACGACGCCGAGUAUCCUACGCUGUACUUUCGCGGCACGACGGUGACGUACUGGGGCAACGAUGCGCCGAUGCCGCGCGGCGGGGUGCACGGCAAGGUGCGCCCCGUGUAUGCGCGCGACGAGGAUGCGGACGCGACGGUGACGCGCGGCAAGCGCAAGAUCGAGGGGCUGCACUGGUCGCUCACGCACGUCUACGACGGCGAGGAUCGGUGGCAGCUGGAAGGGAUCCAGCCGGGCCCGCCGGGGACGCGCGCGCCGAUGUUUGGCGUGUGGUCGGACGCGGCGCACGAGGCCGAGAGCCCCAACGGACCGUUUGUGUACUGGAUGAUGGACGAGCGGCCGUGGAAGGAGAUUGAGCGGCUCAACCGAAAAGAAGCGCAGAUGGCGGCGGCUGCCCGGACGGCGCGGACGCUGUGA